GAAGAAAAAGAAAAGAAAAAAGAUAAAAUUAGCCAAGUUAGAAAAAAAGCCACACAAAAAGACCGUCCGGUGGUAGUAAUUUCCAACGAUAAGCAAAACAAAUAUAGCGAGGAUGUAAUCGUGGCUUUAAUUAGUUCGCAAUUAGAUAAGAUUUAUUAUUUUGAACCAGAAAUUGCUUUAAAAAAGAAAAGUAAAAUUUUGACUGACCAAAUUUUAACUAUUGAUAAGAGUAGGUUAGGAGAGAAAGUUGGUGCUUUAAAUUCAGAGGAAGUAAUGAAGUUAGAAAAGGCUUUGCAUGUGGUAUUGAGUUUGCGAUAUUGUCGUAGAAGUGGAUUUACUGCCGAGAGUUGGUUAUUGUUGCAGAAGUUGGCUAAAAAGGAAGGAGUUGCAGUUCAGCAAUUAUUAGAAAAGAUGGGGCAAAUAAUUAUUGAUAACACUCCUGAAUUUUUAGAAUUCUGUAAAAAAAGCAAUGGUUUGGUAUUUUUUGGUCCCAUAGGAAGUGGGAAGACGGCAAUUUUGGCUAUGCUGGCUAAUGAACUUCCCGGGGAGAAUAAGUAUGCUACUUUUCCUUGUCAGUUGCCUUGGGCGGAGAAGGGACAAUUAGAUUUUUCUUAUUCCCCUAGUCAGAGGUUAGGGGUAACUGAGACUAUUUUUUUGGAUGAGAUUAAUUUGUUGUUUAAAGGCAAUAUUGUGCAGGAUGUGCGAGAACGACAGAGGUUCCUGAUGCAUUUUAUAGCGUUAAGUAGACAUCAAGGGACGAGAUUAUUUGUUAAUGCUCAGAGGUUGGGUCAG